AUAGAAAAAUGCCAUCCUAUUGUUUGCGACGGCCUCACGAUUGGACACCCCUGUUGCAAGGUGUUUCGGUGCCCGUACCCGCUCGAAAAAUCGCGGGACCAUCAUUGUGAGGGUCAUGCAGAAGUCCUCAGUAAUAUCUGUGCCGUCGAGGGCUGUCCAAACGUUAUCGUUCCCACUACCACCACGAAAAAAACCUGCGACGAUCGUACUCAUCAGGCGAUGGAACGCAAGAGCCUUGAUCGAGGUCGGUCGAUGUUUGUCCUU